GGUUCGGACAUGCCACCGGUGCCCGGGGUAGCCGAGGGCAGCCCUCGGCGCGAACCGCCGCCGCCGCUCUCGCUGGAGCUCCCGCCGCGGAAGAGGCUCCUGCAGCCGGCAGCCCCCGAAGACCGCUGCGGCAGCCGCCCCCCUCCGGAGGGAGCCGGGGCCGCCGCGGGCCCGGGCGGCGAGCUGGGCCACUUCGAGAGAGCCGCCAAAGGAGGAUGGUGCAGAAGCUGCCAAGCCAAGCUGGCCGAGCUCAAGAGGCAAGCGCUGAAGCUGGCCGCCGGCUGCAAACCCCUGGCCCCGCCGGACCCCCGAUUAUCAGCUUUAAUUUUUGACAAGCUUCAAGUGCCUGAAUAUUUGCAGAAACCCAGGAGCGAAGGGGAGAGCAGGUGCGAUGUCUGUGCAGCCCACCUGAACCAGCUGAAGCAAGAAGCCAUUCAGGUCAUCCACAGCCUCGACCCGGCGAGCUGCCAAGAGGCAGCGGACCCCCCACAAAGUGCCGUGGCAAUGGCCGCCGUGUUGCCAAGGCUGACCUCCCAAAAUGUGGUCACUGUGUCUUCUCAGAGGGAUUUGUCUCUCAUGGCUGGGCAGGCGGGUAGGCAGUCUGGCAAAACCACAAGCCUUUUCUCCGGGACGGAGCGGAAGAAGGGAGUCGGGUGGCCUCAAGGCGCAGGCGGCUUCCCAAACUCCAGCGUUCAAGUGACCGUGGCUCCCAGUGGCCUUAGUGGGGCAUUGAGCUCAGUAACCAUCCAGGCUCAGCAGUACCUUGAGGGGAUGUGGAGUAUCUCCAGAGUGAACAGCUUUCUUCCUCAAGCUUGUCUAGAGUCAACAGCAGGAGAGUGUGGAAAGGAAGGCUCUAAUAUUCAAGUUACCUCAGGACAGAACAACUGUGACCAAACCGGGACUGGUGUUUCCCAAGGUUUGGUGACCCCUGCGGGCGUCUCUGCAGGUACUUCAGCGGCGGCGUCCUUCUUCAUAAGAGCCGCCCAGAAACUUAACCUGUCCUCGAAGAGAAAGAAGCAUCAUGCGCCUUUGUCACACUCACAUGACUUCUCCAUCUAUGCCACUAAUUUUAGUGGCAUCCUGCAGAUAUGUCCUCCUCCUGCACCACCAUGCCUUUUGAGAGCUGUGUCAAAAGUCAAAGAUAAUCCGGGGAUUGGAAAGGUAAAAGUGAUGGUGAGGAUUUGCCCGUCGCAAGGAACACAUGACACAUCAGAAUCCAUGUCAUUUCUGAAGGUAGAUCCGCGAAAAAAACAGAUCACACUUUACGAUCCUUCUACAAGCGGUCCUUCCAACGUAGGUCACCGAAGAGGAGCUGUGGCUGUCCCAAAGAUGUUUGCCUUUGAUGCAGUAUUCCCCCAGGAUGCUUCCCAGGCUGAGGUGUGCUCUGGAACAGUAGCAGAAGUCAUCCAGUCUGUCGUGAAUGGUGCAGAUGGUUGCAUCUUUUGCUUUGGCCAUGUCAAGCUUGGAAAAUCCUACACAAUGUUUGGAAGAGAUAACUCCACGCAAAGCCUCGGCAUUGUGCCCUGCGCUAUCUCAUGGCUCUUCAAACUAAUCAACGAGCGCAAGGAGAAGACUGGGACUCGCUUCUCAAUCCGAGUCUCUGCUGUGGAGAUCAGUGGGAAAGAUGAAAACCUUCAGGAUUUGUUAGCUGAAGUAGCCACCGGCAGUCUUCAAGAUGGGCAAUCUCCGGGGGUUUAUCUGCGAGAAGAUCCAAUAUGCGGAACGCAGCUUCAAAAUCAAAGUGAAUUAAGGGCCCCGACAGCAGAGAAAGCUGCCUUCUUCCUCGACGCAGCGCUGGCAGCUAGGAGCACCAGUAAACCGGAAUGCGACGAAGAGGAUCGGAGGAACUCUCACAUGUUCUUUACCCUCCAUAUAUAUCAAUAUCGCAUGGAGAAAACCGGGAAAGGGGGAAUGUCAGGUGGUCGCAGCCGUUUACAUCUCAUUGACUUAGGCAGCUGUGAGAAGGUGCUAAGCAAGAGUCGAGAUGGAGGCGGUUCCCUCUGCCUUUCUCUGUCUGCAUUGGGCAGCGUCAUUCUGGCCUUAAUCAAUGGCGCCAAGCAUGUGCCGUACAAGGACAACAAAUUGACAAUGCUGCUGAGAGAAUCCCUCGGGAACAUCAACUGUAGAACAACCAUGCUAGCUCACAUCUCGGAUUCCCCAGCAAAUUAUGCAGAAAGUCUUAUGACUAUUCAGCUUGCUUCUCGUAUCCACAGGAUGAGGAAGAAGAAAUCCAAGUAUGCAUCCAGUUCAUCUGGAGGAGAAAGCUCAUGUGAAGAGGGCCAUAUACGAAGACCUCCUCAUCUGAGGCCUUUCCAUCCGAGAACCAUAGCUCUUGAUCCUGACAUUCCUGUACUGAAUCUUUCCAGCGAGCCUGAUUAUUCGUCCAGCAGCGAACAGUCCUGUGACACCGUCAUCUACGUAGGUCCCAACGGUACAGCUUUGUCGGACCGGGAGCUGACGGAUAAUGAAGGCCCUCCAGAGUUUGUCCCCAUAAUCCCUUCCCUGAACAAGAAAAGAAACAAAGACAACUUUGGUCUUGUGAGGAGUUCUGACAAAGAUCAUUUUAAGUGUAACACUUUUGCAGAGUUGCAGGAAAGGUUGGAGUGUAUCGACGGAAGCGAGGAACCCGCUAAGUUUCCCUGCGGGGAGGUCUCCGCUGCAUCCUCCAAUGGCACGGUCCCAAUGAGUGCAGAAAAUGGACAGUCUAAGCCCAAAACAUCCUCUCCUCCCGGAGGAUUUAAAAAGCCACUUUUGCAGGAAACGGGCCCUCCGAAGAAGGGGCACAACCUUUAUUUCCAGCACAAUGGCAGCAGCCCUGAGAAGAAGGCACCUCCCUCGAAAGUGGAACACACCAAGCAGCAAGUCAAGCCCGAGGCAAGGAGGGUGGAUUCGGAUGGGGAGAAAGAGGCAGCUACUGAGCCCCACCAGUUACCAACAUGUAACGGUGCCGGGGAUCCAGAGUCGAGCCAAGGUGCUGCUGAACUGGUUGUGAUAGAAAAACCUUCGUACGUGAAAAGGCCUUUGCCCAGCCCUGCACCCCCGCCCCCGCAGCAGCAGGAGUCUCCACUGAAGAGUAAGCAAACGUACUUCAAAUUCGACCACAGCAAUGCAGUCAGGACCCCGCCGGUGGGGAUGAGUAAAGCGGCUGGUGAAUCCGAACCGAACACUGAAGGAAGCCCGUUUUUGGCAACCGACAACACAGAACACCCAGGAGACGGCAUAGAAGUGCAUCGGUUCCGGUCUUCUUUCCGAGGCAAAUGCUUUGACCGGGAUAUUUUGACUACGACGGUGACUUUGCAGCAGCCGGUGGAGCUCAACGGCGAAGACGAACUUGUGUUUACGGUGGUUGAAGAGUUGUCCAUCAGUGGGAUCCUGGAUAAUGGGAGGCCUGCCAGUAUCAUCAGCUUUAACAGCGACUGCUCUCUGCAGGCCCUCGCGUCCGGGUCUCGGCCAGUUAGCAUCAUCAGCAGUAUUAACGAUGAGUUUGAUGCGUAUACCUCCCAGGCAAGCGCCACUGGUGUGAACAUUGAUAUUGUUGUGCCCUUCGCUGAAGACCCAUUCUCCAGCAGUAGUAGACGUUCCUCCAUCAGCUCAUGGCUAAGCGAAGUCAGCAUCUGUACAGUCGGGAGCGAUGCAGGCCGGUCUGGUGAUGGUUUCCUGGUGCAGUCCUCUUACGGCUGCAGCAAAUCCGAGGAGCCUUUUAACUUGAGUUCUCCUAAUGCCCCCGUUCCCUUGAAAGCUGCCCUGAACGAUAGCGGCUUUUGCUUUUCAGAGCUGGAGGGCGAGAGCAUGAAUUCAAGCAAAACGUUGGUAGGGGUCAGCAGAAGCCCUCAAAACUCCGACUUAACCAAAGCAUCUCAGACAGAAAGUGUUCUUUGUGUCGUCGAUCAGCCAGCAAAAGUUCGGCCUUCCAACUCUCAAAACACACUGGUGAUAGAAACCUUACAUUCCAGUCUUCCUCGGAGAACGAAAGCUACCUCAACUUCGACCCAUCACACCACCACCACCCUCAGUUAUAAGGAACUGCAAAAGCCGCAUGUGAUGUUUGAAGAUCCCUGGUUGGUUCGUACAGACAGUCAGUUGGAAGCACAUGCUGCAGCCCUGCUGCCAUCUCUAAACACGCAAACGCUCAGUGCUGAGAAGCCGUCGGCGAAGUCCGCUCAACAAUUUGGCAGCUUGGCUAGGCCAACGAAAUCCCAAACGAUGCUUGCGUGCUCGCAGAGGGUUGUAGAUGGUUGCGAAAUGGCCUGUAAGUCUUCCAGCGGAACUGCGAAAAAAUCCGAAGCCAUCACGAAAAUGCCGCAGCUCAGAAGAGGAGCCACCACGCUGGGCGUGGUUCCUGUGUCACACAGCAAUGGCACUGCGACGGAAGGUAUGAGCAGGGGAAAUUCUGAAGCUGCUUUUGCCACCAGCAGCCUGAAGAAGAAGAACGUACUGCAAAAACCCAGCAUGUUACCCAGGCCGAAUGGGACAAUACCUCCGACGCCCCCUGUGCGUAAAUCCAGCCUUGAGCAGAAAAAUGGCGGGAUAACAAACGGAGGGGGCAAAGCUGCAGGAUUGGACCCUGCUAGGGCCACUACAGGAAAAAGUGAGGAUGAGGUCGAUUUGCGAUUGAGAGGUGGGUUAUGUGCGGCUGAAAACCUCAGUAGCCGAUGUAACCUUAAAGGAGACCACUCUUUGCCUAAAGCAACGUCAAGUUUGAAAGCCAAGACAUCAAAAAGUGAAGCUGCCCAUCACUACGGGAGCCACAUGUCCCUUGAAAGAUGUGAUAGUCUGACGUCUGUUGGAUCCAAGGGGAAUCCAAUUAGGGAAAGUGGCAGUGGCAGCAUUAGCAAUGGCCGAAACGGUCGGUUGGUCCCAAGGCUAGGAGUUCCUCCUGUCACUUCUGGCCUGACAUCACCUCCAUCGUACACCACACCUUUACCCUGCAAAAACAGCCAGGCGAAAAGUGCUGCAAGCCAGAAGGCUCUAGCCAACGGGAAUAAGAGCCGCAGCCUUUCGGCCAGUGGGUCCAAGUCUCUGAGCUCCUCUGUGAAAUCGUUAGCUCAGUCUGUUGGGAAGACCUCUGGGGUUCCUUUGAGUGGGAAAGCAACUCCACGAUCCGUGCAAGGGGUAAGCAGUAAACCUGGCCGAGGGACCAUUAUGGGAACAAAACAAGCCAUCAGGGCAGCCAACAGUCGUGUUAAUGAGCUGGCAUCAGGCAGUUCAGUCAAGAUGAGCCAUUUCCGGGGCUCGACAGACUCUGACAGCGGUAAUGACAGUGGAAUUAAUCUAAGUGACGAGAAGUCGCAGGUCCUGGUGCUGCCAUCUCCAUACAGCAAGAUAACUGCCCCGAGAAGGCCUCAACGCUACAGCAGUGGGCAUGGAAGCGAUAACAGCAGCGUCCUGAGCGGAGAGCUACCACCAGCGAUGGGUAGGACAGCUCUAUUUUACCAUAGCGGUGGCAGCAGCGGCUAUGAAAGCAUGAUCCGUGACAGCGAAGCUACUGGCAGCGCAUCUUCAGCUCACGAUUCCAUGAGUGAAAGCGGGAUGUCCUCACCAGGUCGCAUGAGAAGUUUGAAAUCCCCAAAGAAAAGAUCCACAGGUUUCCAGCGCCGUCGACUGAUCCCGGCUCCUCUUCCUGAUUCUGCAUCCCUGGGGAGAAAGCAGAGUGUUGCCGGCCAGUGGGUUGAUCUACCACCCUUGCCGGGCACUUUGAAAGAGCCAUUUGAAAUUAAAGUUUAUGAGAUUGAUGAUGUGGAACGACUACAGCGACACAGACAAGAAGAAACUGAGCCUUUCCAGGAUGUUGAAAAGGGCCUGAUAUAUUUUAAUACGAAGCUGAAAAUUCUGGAGCGGCGCCAUCAGCGGAUUAGAGAAGUGAAGGCAAAGCACGAACUCUUGAAGGAUGAGUUGGAAGAAACGAAGUGCAGGUUGAUGUUGGAUCCAAGCAAGUGGCAAGGAGAGUUUGAGGUUGACCCUGAUCUUGAUAAGGAGUCGCAAGAUUACCUGGAGGCAUUGGAACAAGCGACUGAUGAACUGGAGCAGUGUGUGAAUCUGUGCAAGUCGCACGUCAUGAUAGUCACCUGCUUUGAUAUCGGAGUGAUCUGUGACACCCAGGAUGGAGCGCGGGAAGUGGAAGUUUGAAGGUGGUUUGGCAAAGGGACUUGAGAUGGAGCCAAACUUUCAAAAGAUGGUGAGGAAAUACGUGUAUUGGAAAGUGGAGGUGGAAGCAUGAAGACUUAAUGCGACGAAGAAUGUUGUCAAAGCCUGAAGCUGUCGAGGAAUUAGAAUGUUCUAAACCUUUAUGGUGCCUCAGCAACCUAGGAAUUGUACAAAGAUCACACUGAUUUCUAAUAAAGCAGCAGAAGAAAAAAACUAUUAAGAACCAACUCUUUUUGAAAAGCGGAAGUGCCUUUACCGUUCAUUUGUGACUUGUUUUCUUGAUUUUGUAUUUGUUGCUAGAAUUGAAACCAGCAAACCUAAACAGACCGUAAAAUGUAUUCCUAUGAAAUAUUUUAUACUGUAUAGUGUAAUUUAUGACUAUAUGUAAAAACAAAAAACAAAUUGUAGCAGAAGCAAUAAGUAAAUUAUGUUUUCAUACCUGAAUUUGCCUCCUUGUUUCACGGAAAAGCUGGUUUAUGUAGCAGAACAACAAAAAAAUAAAAAAAUAAAUUGUAUUAUAAUUGCUUUUUCAUGGUUUAGGAUUUGAGAUAUUUUUAUGAACAUUUAUCUAUUGGAAAGGUUGUAUUAUGAAAUUUCAGAAUGCUUGGUUUGUAUUCAGUUUUUGUACUCUUCCUUUUUCAGAUCAUGGUGAACAUGAUUUCCCCCCAUGUUUUCUAUACAAAUAUUAGGGCUGAAACAUUUGGUCGAUUAAUCAGUUAGAUUAGUCGACUAAAAAACCUGAUGAUUGAUUAAAAAGGUGCCUCCUGAUUAACCAAACAGCAGAUUUUUAAAUGUUGUUUAAAAUUGUUUUUAAUAGAAGUACUUAAUAAAACAGGAUGGCAGGUACCAUCACAGAAGAAACAUUUCGUGUUCUCUCUCUCUUACCCAUACAGGAAAUGCCUCUUCCAAGAUGGCGUUUGUGAGAGUAAUUUUAAAACGUAAGGAAUAUGCCUUUCCCCCCAAAAACUGUUAUUUUUAUUUGUAUGCAAACGUAUGCAGUUUUAAUCUAGUAAUUUAAUUGAUUGAUUAAUGGGCUAAAACACAUACAAUUGACUGAGAUUUCUUUAAUCAAGUGACAGUCCUAAUUAAUAUAUUAACUGCUUAACUACUUCCAUGGGCCACAU